CAGACGGAUAGCACGCCCUAGAAGUGCACCAAGCUAUCGUCAUAAUACCACGUUAGGUCCUAGCAAGAUUGCUCAUGGCUCGUGUGGUACGGUGCGGCGUACUCAGUGGUUGCUUGCAGGACCACGAGCGUCAGACCCCUGCUCAUUUGUGUCCGUCAACUCAUAUCCAUGACAUUUUUGCCUGUCUCUGAGACUCCGCCUUUGACAAGGUCACCCCAGUCACGACUCUCCACUACGAGCUCGUGUCAUACGUCUCGUCCCCCGGUGCUGCAUUUGCUCUCUUCUCUCUCAUUUCUCCUGGAUCAUCUGCUUUGCUUUGCUUUUGUCUGCUCUCUUUCCCGCGCUUGUCUCUGCACACCCAUUCCAGGCCUCGCAAAACCGUCUGGUACGAUCACGUCGAGGUUCACUGCCAAUCGUCGGACUCCCUCCUUUUACCUAUAGCGCCAAAUUGCACGCUUGAUUUGCAUUCCCGUCGUUUGGCUAGAGAGCGAUAUCGAACAAGCGUACGACAGACAUCUACCCUCCCGAACCGAACACAUCACCUUUCGCCCUCCAAUACGACUGCCACUGCGACUUUUGAAGUAGAUCAUAGCGAUUUCCUCCACGUCGGCGUCUUUUUUGUCACUCUCGCACCUGUGGUGUUGAGAACUCAGCCACCUUUCCACUCCUUUCGACACCAACACUUUCUUGCUGCAUCCGGCCAGCUCUCCCCAGGCAUCGGGUUCAUCAGAUUGUCGCCACAUCCGUUAGCUUCAACUCUCUCUGCUUGCGAAUAACUCGAUUCAUUCCUUACUCGUGACGACUUCUCUUUCAGCGACGUGUGCAUUCUCUUGGCCUUCCAAGAGUUGAAUUUCGUUUCCGACAGUCUUGACCACUGCUCGCUUCUGACUUGGCCUUCGAUUUGAUUUGCGACGCGAACACCAACUGACCAACCUUCGAACCCGUCAUGCCAUCGAAAUCAUAUUAAUUUGUUCUCAAGAUUGUGAUUGACUGGGAAUCUUUUUCGCGAUGAGUUUACCUGAGCCGCCGUCCUCGUUGGACAAUGGUUGCUCGGUUGUCCACGACAACACCCUAUAUGUUUUUACGCCAACUGCUUUCUUGUCGCUGCCGCUUGAGGAGGGUGCAGAAUGGAAGAAGUUGAAGAUGGGAGAACAAGUUACCGGAGGAGCCUGUGUGGGAACUGAUGCAGCGCUGUUCAUCAUUGGAGGUAGUGGUGGUCAGGCCGACUACAAUGGCCUACAAAAAUACGUUUUCGCCGACAAGAAAUGGGAGACCCUGUCUAUUGAUAACACAGCUUUCCGAAAUUUACAACACCACGGUGCUGCCUAUAUCAAGAAUACCGACCAGAUAGUCGUCUCUGGCGGCAGCCAGGACGGCAGAGAAACACCUUCGGAUACCUCACUAUACUUCGCCGCCUCAGGACCAUAUAUCCUCCAGAGCGCAGCGCCAUCUGCCCUCUCUGUCAAUCCCAUUCUUUUGGCCUGGUCCGAUGCCGAAGUUUGCCUGCUUGGUGGUAAUGACUGGAACACGCAAGUUUUAAUCUUCAACGCCGCGACAGGUUGGAGAAUAAUGGGCAUCACACUGUCCACGCCCGUUGCGGCUUCCAGCAAAGCCAUGAUUGCUCAGGGAGACGAUGGCUCCAAGAGUCUUUAUGUUUUCGAUCUCUCAGCCAGCCCCAACAAAGUUCAUCGCUAUGUUGUCUGGGGUGACAACAACGCACCUGGUCAAAAUGCUGUGGAUCAAAACGUGAAGCGUGACCUGUCCCUGAAGGACUGGCCUGAAUAUAACUCGACACUAGCUCCUACCACAACACGCUCCGAUUACUCGAUGGCUCAGGACUCGAAUGGCAGGGUUGUGUUUGUUGGUGGCAACAAAGACGAGCCUCUCGCCUUCUUUGAUAUGAAGGAGAACUCCUGGCUUGAUGCCUCUAGCAUCGUAGGUGAUGAGUCGCAGAAGAUUCUCUCUGCGGAAUCUACCUCUGGAACCAAGACCAGAACCAGCACCACCAAGACAUCGUCAACUGAAUCAUCCACAAGAACCAAGUCUGUCAGCAGGUCAUCGACAUUAGUGACGUCGACUGGCUCAGCAACAGCCACCGACGACUCAUUCUCAUCGGCGACCAUCUCUGACUCCAGCUCUGCUACCAACAGUGACAUCGCGCCAGUUGGCGGUGCUAGUAGUGAUGACAAAUCUGGUCUUAGUUCCAAUGCCAUAUUGGGUAUCACACUGGGCACGAUCUUGGGCUUCAUUGCUGUGCUCAUUGUCAUCCUGUUACUCUUGCGCCGCCGUAAGAAGACCCGCCAACCAUCACCUGAGAACACGCAGCCCAGGCACGAUUUUCCCUCUGAUGAGAAGGAUCCCAUGGGGCUUGGCGGUGGCCCUGUGUCACCCUUCCGCGCUCACCAUUCCAAUAUGUCACAAGAAUCAUUCUCAUCUAUGGCAAUUCUGAUGGGCCGUGCUGGCAAGAGCAAGCCCGGUGUCUCUCGCAAGCUGAGCAACGGCACCAACCGUAGCUCCGUCAGCACUGAGCACAAACAGCUCAAAUCUACCAUUGGUAAACCAGUCCUGCAGGAGAUGCAACAUCCUGUAUUACAAGGACAAGAUACCCGCGGAGUGGCUUUCGAUCCAACUGUUGCCGAGCCACGACCUCGGAAUGGACCUCUCGAGACACAGGACGGUUUGCGAAGGAGCUCUGGCUGGAACCGAUACUGGUCAGGCGGUAGCGCUCUUCAGAUCUUAGGAUUCGGUUCUUCUAAGAGAAACACUGUCGGCUCUGAUAGUGACUCGCACUACUCAGAUGCCAUCCCACAUCGAAACCCUCGCGCUACGCAAGAUUCAGCAACUGUGCCCCCUCUGAACUUCGAAUUCCGCCCCGAGAUGAACCGAGUCAAUUCUGGAAGCCCUGUCGUCGCCGAGUACAACAAGAAUAUUCCUUUCAGAGAUGGUGUAGCUGGUAAAAUCGAGCGCCCUAUCUCAAAAGCAUCUUCCGGCUACUCCAGCGGCAUCCCCGAGAGCGUGAACGAAACAUGGGACCCUCAUCAUAAAGACAAACCCUGGGGUACAGAUCGAGCGACCAGCAGUAUUUAUAACCCGAGCUUCUACUUCGGUGCACCUUUGUCUCCCCGGGUCCCACCGCCCCAGACACCCCCCUCUGGAGUAAGCACGCAGCCUCAGCUCGCAAUGGCCUCGCAGUCAUCAGACAUGAGCUGGUUGAAUCUCGGUGACCGCACUCGUCAGUAGAGCAGCCGCAGUUUUUAUGUACUGAUGACGUCUUUAAGUUCUGCAUGCACAUUGUGAGCUACUAAGAUACUCCCAUCGUGCGUUGCAAAUAUACCUCUUGCAAGCGAUUAGUCGUUUUCAGGUUAAACACAUCGCUUUGAGCAACCAUCACGCUCUAUCACUCUCAUUCACUACCUACAUCUUGGUGCAUGUACAUAACGGCACACGCACUCAAUCACACUCACUACUCCUCUCAGACCUAGUGUCUUUCCGAGAGAACCUAUUUUCUUUUCUUCUUUUUGAUAAAGUAUCGCAUGAACCGGCAUCGGCGUGCGUAUCGGCCGGCUUAAUCUUGCUCGUAUUCAUUUGAGUCCUUUUUCUUGGCGCCGCUUUCAUCCUGUACAUUCUAGACGUGGACACGGGAUUGAUCGUUUUUUCCCGUUCUUUUUUUUUUUUUUCGAUCGUUGUUGCUUUUUCUAAUGAUACCACCAUCUCCUGACGUAUGUAAUUGGCUAGUGUAGCAAGAAAAGGGGACCUGGAGGGGAUGAUCAAAGAUGAUGGAGAUAUUGGAUGGGGCCAAAAGAGAUGCUGGGUUGAGUUGAGGUUUGAUGAUGGGAAGGGGACGUGACUGCUGGCCGAGGCUGAGCGGCGGUAGUCAGUUUUGUUAGCUCUUCAGUCAUAUCUGGAUGUGAAGGGAAGCUGGAGGAAGCCAGGGCUGUAAAGCCGACGUUCCUCGAAAUUAAAAUAUUUGCACAAUCUCGUCCAUUAUGUAUCUUUAUAUAUGUGACUUGUGUGUUGUUUCAAAUACGACUUGGAUGAAGUAUGAACUGGUC